GGGAGGAGGGCAAGGGCCAGCCGAAGUUCCACUAAAAAUGCCCUAGGAGAAUAGGCACCGGCCGACUUGCCAAAGGGUUUAGGUUUCAUUGCUUUCUGUUUUUUUCUUUUCCCCGAGAGCACAAAGAAGUAAGGGCAGUUAUUGGACAGGUGUUAUUUGAACAUUCUGUUGUAGAUGAAUGUGUUGUUUGGUUCUACUGCAUUGUGGAGCAUGCGGGGGAAGAGAACUGACCCAGGUGAUGAAAUGGAGCCCUUCCCUGGAACUCACCAGUCCUUGAUGUUGUGUGACUAAGUAAAGAUGAUAAACCUCAUCUGUUGGAGGUGUCACUUCACACUCGGCAUGCAUUGUGAAAGCUUUCCGUAUCCUUGGCCAUUCCCUCUCCCCUCUCUAUCCAACCCCAUUUAUGCAUGAAGGGACUGCUAACAAGAAAGCUUCCAUCUCAAACCUUUUCUCUGCCUGGGAAAUUAUUUUAUGUUUGUUUUUGAAAUAAAGGAUUUAGUUUAAGAUUCUAAAUUUUAGAGAAAAAAAAAAAAGAAAGUUUAUUUUGCUAAGGUUAAGGACACACCCAUGACAUAGCCUCAGGAGGUCAUGAUGACAUGUGCCUAAGGUGGUCAGGGCAUAGCUUGGUUUUAUACAUUUUAGGGAGACAUGAGACAUCAAUCAAUAUAUAUGUAAGAUGUACAUUGGCUCAGUCCAGAAAACUGGGACAAAGAGAAGCACGGAGGGGCUUCCAGGUCAUAGGUAGAUAAGAGAGAAAUGGUUGCAUUCUUUUGAGUCUCUGAUUAACCUUUUACUGAAUACACAACUUACAUAUGAGAGGGGGCAUAGAGGAAUAGUCACUUAUACCUUAGUCUGGCUUAGUGAAACAAUAAGGCAAAGGAAGCACAGACACGCAUUUGUCUCACAUGAGCAGAGGGAUGACUUUGAGUUCUGUCUGUCCUUUGUCUACAAGGAAUUUCCUUGUGUGCAAACUGUGAGGGAAAUAUGUCGCUUUUUAAUCUUUGUAGCUAUCUCAUUUAGAAACAGAAUGGGAGGCAGGUUCGCCCAACGACGCAGUUCCCAGCCUGACUUUUCUCUUUGGCUUAGUUAUUUGGGGGUCCCGAGAUUUACUUUCGUUUCGCACCAUCAAGGGACUUCUGUAGACUCUGUACAUGAGUACAGGGACCACCAGAGACCCCCUUUUUAUGAGUUCCCGUGCAGUGGAGCUGCUGGGGUAGGAUUAAUUUAUCUGCCUUCUUCCCCUGCCAUAGACAAUGUUUAACCUGAUUAUGCUCUGCAGGCAAGUAGCCACCCUUGGAUAUUAAUCUCCUUAUUGAAUAAGAUAAACUGUGAAGAAGGUAUGCCGUAAAGGAGGGAAUGCAAAGCUAGAAAAUAUGUUCAAAUCUGUCAUGGGAAGCAUGGAGGGAGAAAUGAAGAUGUGUGGACAUCUAGUAUUUUCUCUGCUUUCCCUUCUCUAUGGUCCUUUAAAAUUUUCAAUUCUCCUGAAAAAAUAAUUGUAUCUUGUUUCUGUGAAGCCAUUUCCAGCAUGAAAACAAUUCCAUUUGACAGUGUAAACUGUCCUGUGCUUAGCUGUGUGCUUGCCCUGCACUCCCUCCCUGCCCCCAACUGUGUGAAACAGACGCCUACAGUGACACUGCCCAUCAAUCACCCCACAGGAAGCAGGGCACAAUUCAAAACCCCAAAAUGCAGAAACGUGUUCACCUGUGCCUUCCACACAGUGGUGGGGUAGGUAGGAAGCCUAGGGUAUUACUUGGAAAACAACUAACAUUUUAAGACAUUAAGUGUAAACUUCUUUGCUCUUUUCUCUGGCAUAGUUUUGAGAAAUCACCACCAAUUGGAUACAUUGUAAUGUACAGAUAAAUUUUCUUCUUUUUUACUAUCUAAUUUACAAUUUAAUAUCUAACAUACAAAAGUUGAUCAAAGGCACAAAAACACUAGAUAAAAGGUUGAAUAUUUAAUACCAACCCUUCUGAGUUAAUUACCAGAUCCUUGUUUUUCAGUAGGAGGCCAGCAAGUUAGGAGUUAAGAUGAAAGGAGUCCUAGAUUUAACCCCAAAAGACCCCCCCUUCAAUUUUAGCCAGGUCAGGCCCACAAAGAGAUGUAGAUGUAAACUGAUUAUGAUGCUAAGUGUUUGACAGGAAUCCUCUUUGUGUCCAAGGCCAGUCAAAACUUGAAUAAUAGUAUUUCUGACAAAAAGCUUGCCCCCUUUGCUUUUCAAUGGUCCAUUUUAAUUAUUUCUAUAAAUCUGCUUGAGAAAUAUUAAGAUUCUGAUUGUUGUGGACUGGUUUAUUAUUUGCUACCAUACCCGAAGUAUUUGCCUUCUCAUUAUAGAAGCUUAGUGCAAAGAACUGUCCAGAGCUAUUUCACUAAACUAAGCACACACUUGAUUUCCAAGGGGAGCAGAAAGGGCUUUACCAAUUGCUAAGUCACCAACAUGUCGCCUUUGCCCAUCUUUCUAUGUCCUACAAAGACUUACGUGGGAUGUGCACAUAGUAUUUCCCCAGGGAAACACACACACACACACACACACACACUCUCUCUCUCUCUCUCUCUCCCCAAUAUUGUUGAUUGAUUAGGUUUGUUUGGAGACUGCUUAAACUGUGUGUGUUAUGGUUUCAAAUUACUGUUUGCUCUUCUAACUUCUUAGAAGGGUAAACAAUUUGAAAACAGUUUAAACCCAUAGCAAAAGAAACUGGCAUCUGACCAACUCUUUAACUUAGUUCCUCUUAUUAAGACUCACAUACUUUUUUCUGGUGAUAAAUAAUGGAAAGAAAUGAUAGGUUUUGAUGUUAUAUUUUACAGCUAUUUUUCUCCUCAAGGUUUGAAUGUUAUAACAGCCAGACCCUACACAAACACCAACCAGUUUUCUAAGCACUGAGUCAACUGUAAACUAAAAAGAGCUCUAGCUGGAGGUUUUCUGGGUGAAAGCUCAGUGAUAUCUACAGUUUUUUUUUUUUUUCUUAGUCUCCUCUUCCAUCUCCAGCCUCUAAAACACACACACACACACACACACACACACACACACGAAAAACAAAUGAAUGGACAAUUUGCUCUAAGGAAAUACAGUAUAGAUAGGCGGGCAUGAGAGUCAUCACGUUAUCUUACUACCUCAUUCCUGUAUGUUGGGUAAAGGUUGUCUUUAAUCUCUCCUACCUUCAAACAAAUCAGGCACUAUUGUUGACAAAAUACCCCUAUUUACUUCUGGCAAGGCAAAUGUCAUUGAUGCUACCUUAGAUACUAACAUCACAUGUGGAAGCAUUUUCUAUUUUAAACUUUCAACCCUGUCUUUACAAAAAAUACAAAAGUUAGCUGGGCGUGGUGGCACGUGGCUGUAGUCCCACCUAUUUGGGAGGCUGAAGUGGGAGGAUCAGUUGAGCCCAGGAGGUUGAGGCUGCAGUGAGCAGUAACUACGUCACUGUACUCCAGCCUGGGUGAUGAAGCGAGACCCUGUCUCAAAAAAAAAAAAAAAAAACCUUCAAAAAUCACUACUUAGCAUUCAGAAAAAUAUUUCUCCCUUUUCUCCCUCUUAAUGAUCAGGGCCUACUCAUUACUUACAGUAUUUAAAGGCAACUUACUAUUUAAAUUUCUUAGCCUUCAAAAAUGAAGUAUUGGCUGGGUGUGGUGGCUCACAUCUGUAAUCCCAGCACUUUCGGAGGCCAAGGCAGGAGGAUUGCUUGAGGUCAGAAGUUAGAGACCAGCCUGGGCAACACAGUGAGACCCUGUCUCUAUUAAAAAAAUUAAAAAUAAACUAAAAAAUCAGAAAUAAAGUAUUAUUUUUUCAGUUCGAAAGUUGUUUGAGGCCAGGCACAGUGGCUCAUGCCUGUAACCACGCACUUUGGGAGACUGAGGUGGGAGGAUGUUUGUGUCACUGUACUCUAGCCUGGGCAACAGAGUGAGACUCUAUCUCAAAAAAAAAAAAAGUUAUUUGGAAAAUUGCCAAUAAGAUAUUUGAUACAAAUUUGCAUUUUAUAGUAACGGUAACAAUUCUGCUGAUUUUAUUUUGCACUUGCCACUCUUUGAAGGAAACAAGGUCAGAGGAUUGGCAAGCCUUUGCAUUUGUCUGCAAAUCUGUUUAACCAUAAUGUGGACAGAGUUUGUUUCUUUCUGCAGUUUCCAAUUUUAAAAGGCAAAGACAGCCUAGAAUCUUAAUACUGAACAACUGAUCUAAUCCAAUAUAUAUUUUAAGAAGAAUAAUGAUUAAAGAUUAAGUAAAGAUCUCAGUCUGUACCCUAGAGGGCCCAUGAAGUCAGCUCAUGAAUUAGACUCUUACUCCUUAAGCGAAUACUAAGUCUGUUUUACAUGGAUUCUGAAAUUUGAUUCAUUUUGAAGGCUUUCUUUAGUUGUUCCUAAUGACAGAUUGAAAUACAAAAUACUUGAUGUAGGAGAAACUAAAAGCCUCUCUGGGCCAAGGAGGCAGAAGCCAUAAGAAUCAAAAUAAACUGGGUGUAGGAAAUACAGCAUUUUGGAAAGGGCAACCCAGGGAGAGGGAAGAGCAAGCUGCAAAUCAAAUCAGGAAAACACAGCAGUUCUUCUGCAGGGCCUGGUACCAGUGCCUGGUACAGACCCAUUUUCUGGGCCACACUGAAUUAUCUAACACACUUUCUGGGAGGUUUGGCCUGGUUGGAAAAGUGAGAGCUGGUCACACUGCCCACUGCUCAAGAGCCCUGUAGUGACAGCAGCGCCACCUCCAAGCCACGAAUGCCAGUGGCUGGGCAGACUUUGGGCACACUGGGCUUCAGGAGCCUUUCCAGCCUUACUCAAAGGCUGGUUGGCACAUUUGGGGGAUACAGAUGGACAAUCAGCUUAUUAAUAGAUGAAGAAUAAAUUGUCUUCUAGAUUUUGCAGCUUUAGAUCCAAUCCAUCAAGACAUGAACUCUAUUUAAGAGUUGUGCCAUGCGUCAUUCAAGCACUUUUUGACCAUGUCCUAUAUACAAUUUGAAAAAUAAGAGUCAAAGUAGGCCAGGUGCGGUGGCUUACAUAUGUAAUCCCAGCACUCUGGGAAGCUGAGGCAGGUGGAUCACAAGGUCAGGAGAUCGAGACCAUUCUGGCCAACAUGGUGAAACCCUAUCUCUACUAAAAAUACAAAAAUUAGCCAGGUGUGGUGGUGCAUGCUUGUAAUCCCAGCUACUUGGGAGGCUGAUGCAGGAGAAUCGCUUGAACCUGGGAGGCGGAGGUUGCAGUGAGCUGAGAUCGCUCCACUGCAUUCCAGCCUGGCAACAGUGAGACUCCAUCUCAAAAAAAAAAAGUCAAAAUAAGCAUGACAUAUUCAGGGGCAGUACGUCCCACUGCUUAAGUGAAAUGGGACACAUCCAAUUGUGGGAGAUAAACGUAGGAUGCUGCCGGAUUGUCAGACUGAAGAAUGCUGCCUUCUUCCUGGAGGAACACAUGGGAAUCUGCAGAAGGUUUUGAAGAGGUAGGUAAUGUGAUGAAAUCAGACUUUUAAAAACAGUGACCUGACAGCAGUUUUGGGAUGGAUUUAGGAAGAAGAGAGAAGCAGAAAGAACACCAAGGUAGUGGAUGUAGGUAUCCAAUUUAACUUCUCUAAGCUAGGAAAUCAGAAUGCUUAUAGGAUCAUGGUGAGAAUCAAGUAUGGUGCCUGAUAUGUGGCCAACAGCAGAUAAAUACUGGUUCCCUCUUCCACUACUUGGGGUUACUGCGGUGAUGGUGUAUGUAAAAAAUAAAACAGGUUACUUGGGAAAGAGCAGCAAAUUUAGCAAAUACUUGAAUUUUAAAUAAUUUAAGAGAGACAAAGAAGCAAAGGAAAAGCUAGGAUUUCAAACAGAAAAACCAGGUCUUAGGUAAAGAGGGGGAGGUGGUGGGUGUGGGAAGAGUACUAGUUUUGAGGGAAAGAUGAGUUGAUUUUUGGAUAUUUGAAUUUGGACUUGAAAUUUUACAAUGACAAUAUGGAUUCAAGAGUCCCUGACAUUGAAGAGAAACCUGGAGAUGUACCUUGAAGCUCAAGUUUCCAAGCCCCUCAUUUUCCCCGGGCCCUUCCAAGGAUACAUGUCUAGUAUUAUGUUUGUAAGUUUUUAUUGCUUUCCUUUAAGAAGCUCCCCCAGGAGUUAUACAAGCUUCAGGCCCCAGGACAUCUGGAUGGGUUCAGUUAGAAAUCAGAAGGUAUUUCUAUGGAAUAAUGGGAGAUCAAGAGUUGAAAGAACCUUGUUACUGUCCUCAAAGGAAGAGAAGGGUCCGCAGAGAAGGCCAGAGAAGAAUAGAGAAGGCCUUAGGGUAGGAUGCUGCCAAGGAGAUCAAAGGGAUGAGGGGCUGAGAAUGGGUCACCAGACUUGACUUCUCAAAAAGUAACUGUUUUUAGAGUGCAUGCUCAAUACAGUUGGGGGGAGGCCCACUGUCAUGGGGUUGAGGAGGGAGGAGUAGGCAGCGGGUGUGGACUCCCCAUUUAACAAGGUCGACAGUAAGACAAAAGAAGAUGCCACUCCACUCCUCACUUUCGAUCUGCUGUAAUUUAACUUGAGCCUGAACAGUCAAUAUUCCUUUGGGAUUCAUAUUAGCUCCCUGAGCAUGACAUUGUCUUUCUCUUUAUUACAUUUUCUUAUUCCUUAAGAUUUUAAGAUGUUCUUAGUUGGAUCCAUUUCUCUUCAUGCUCCAUCAAUGGCCAAGAAAUGGGCUAUUGGCAGGCACAGUUCUGGUUUUUGGGUUGAUUGGUUUGUUUACACUAAUAGUUUCUCUUUCUCGAUCCAAGGUUCGACCGAGGACGUCAGGAAUUCUCUCCUGGGAGUUCAGGGACUGAGGACCAGGAUGGAGGAAGCAAAAGGCGUCAGGCAUUAGGCUGGAAACGUCUUGGUCGGUUAUCUAGGAUCAAAGAGUCAAAGGUUUGGAAGAGGACAGUUGCCCUUUAUUCUGGCGGCAGAUAGCAGGUGAAAAAGUGCUACACAAGUUUGAUGUUUGUGUCUUCUUCUCCAAGGCCAAGAAAUUAUCUCCAUAGGAGGCAACAGUACUAUGCAUGUUAUGAAUUGUGUCUCCUUGGUCAGUGACAAAGAAAAUGGGAAUAUUGCCACAGCACCUGGAUUCAUGAUUGGGCAGACACCUCCUCCAGCACCUCCUCCACCUCCUCCUCCACCCCCUCCAUCUCCACCAUGUUCAUGUUCAAGGGAAGAGUGUCCUUCCUCCCCUCCUCCACCUCCACCUCCACUUCCUGGGGAGCCUCCCAUCCCACCUCCCCCACCAGGCCUACCCCCAACUACUCACAUGAACGGCUACAGCCACCUUGGUAAGAAAAAGCGGAUGAGAAGCUUUUUUUGGAAAACUAUUCCGGAGGAGCAAGUUCGAGGCAAAACCAACAUCUGGACCUUGGCAGCCAGGCAGGAACAUCACUACCAAAUUGAUACAAAGACCAUUGAGGAGCUCUUUGGGCAGCAGGAAGACACCACCAAGUCUUCCCUUCCUAGGAGAGGAAGAACUUUAAAUUCAUCCUUCAGAGAAGCUCGAGAAGAGAUUACUAUUUUGGACGCAAAACGGAGCAUGAACAUUGGGAUAUUUCUUAAGCAAUUUAAGAAGUCUCCUCGGUCCAUUGUAGAAGAUAUUCAUCAAGGAAAAAGUGAGCAUUACGGAUCAGAGACCUUGCGAGAAUUUCUUAAGUUUUUGCCAGAGUCAGAAGAGGUAAAGAAGUUAAAAGCAUUUAGUGGCAACGUGUCCAAGCUGUCUCUGGCAGAUUCCUUUCUGUACGGCUUAAUUCAGGUGCCAAACUAUUCACUUCGGAUUGAAGCCAUGGUGCUAAAGAAGGAAUUUCUACCUUCUUGCUCUUCUCUAUAUACAGAUAUAACAGUUUUAAGAACUGCUAUAAAAGAACUGAUGUCAUGUGAAGAGCUACACUCAAUAUUACACUUGGUGCUCCAGGCUGGGAAUAUCAUGAAUGCAGGAGGGUAUGCCGGCAAUGCAGUAGGAUUUAAACUGUCUUCUUUGCUCAAAUUGGCAGACACAAAAGCAAACAAACCUGGGAUGAAUCUCCUGCACUUUGUUGCACAGGAAGCUCAAAAGAAAGAUACCAUUCUUCUAAACUUUUCAGAAAAAUUGGAUCACGUUCAGAAGACUGCUAGAUUAUCUCUGGAGAACACGGAGGCAGAACUGCACUUGCUGUUUGUCAGGACAAAAUCACUAAAAGAAAACAUCCAGCAGGAUGGUGAACUUUGUCAGCAGAUGGAAGAUUUUCUUCAGUUUGCCAUAGAAAAGCUGAGGGAACUGGAAUGCUGGAAACAAGAGCUCCAGGACGAGGCCUACACCCUUAUAGAUUUUUUCUGUGAAGACAAAAAAACCAUGAAACUGGAUGAAUGCUUUCAGAUAUUUAGAGAUUUCUGUACUAAAUUCAACAAAGCAGUUAAGGACAACCAGGACCGGGAGGCACAGGAGCUGAGGCAGCUGCAGAGGCUGAAGGAGCAGGAGCAGAAGCAGCGCUCCUGGGCAACUGGGGAGCUGGGGGCAUUUGGCCGGAGCAGCAGUGAGAAUGAUGUGGAGCUGCUGACCAAGAAGGGUGCAGAGGGCCUGCUCCCUUUCCUGCACCCCAGGCCCCUCAGCCCCUCCAGCCCCUCCUACCGGCCCCCGAACACCCGCCGCUCCCGCCUCUCCCUGGGCCCCUCUGCUGACCGGGAGCUGCUGACCUUCUUGGAGAGCUCCACCGGCAGCCUUGAGGAGCCCAAUAAGUUCCACAGCCUGCCCCGGAGCAGCCCCCGGCAGGCCCGGCCCACAAUAGCCUGCCUGGAGCCUGCAGAAGUGAGGCACCAGGACUCCAGCUUUGCACACAAACCUCAGGCCUCGGGGGGCCAGGAGGAGGCCCCCAACCCACCCUCAGCACGGGGGCACCAGCUUCCAGCCGCCCAGCCUGAGGACCCUGCCUCUGCCUUCCCCAGAGCUCGGCGCCAGGGCGUCAGUGUCCUCCGAAAGAGGUACAGUGAGCCAGUGAGCCUGGGCUCAGCACAGUCCCCUCCUCUCUCGCCAUUGGCUCUGGGAAUUAAGGAGCAUGAGCUGGUGACAGGGCUGGCCCAGUUCAACCUCCAGGGUUCCCAGGGCAUGGAGGAGACCUCCCAGCUGACUUUGAGUGACUUCAGCCCAAUGGAGCUAGAGUCUAUGGGGCAUGGGGGCCCGCAGUCCCUCAGUGCCAGCAGCAGCAGCCUGACACCCAUGGGCAGAGAUGCCCUGGGGAGUCUCAGCCCAGCCCUGGAGGACGGCAAGGCUGCCCCUGAUGAGCCUGGAAGUGCGGCUUUGGGAUCUGUGGGUAGCAGCGACCCUGAGAACAAAGAUCCUAGGCCUCUGUUCUGCAUCUCGGACACCACCGACUGCUCACUGACCCUGGACUGCUCAGAGGGAACCGACUCCAGACCCAGAGGCGGGGACCCGGAGGAAGGCGGGGAAGGGGAUGGCUCCAUGUCCUCUGGGGUUGGAGAAAUGGGGGACAGCCAAGUCUCCUCCAACCCUACAUCCAGCCCCCCUGGGGAGGCUCCUGCCCCCGUCUCUGUGGAUAGUGAGCCCAGCUGCAAGGAUGGCCUGCCCAGGGACAAACCCACCAAAAGGAAAGAUGUUGUAGCACCAAAGAGAGGCUCCCUGAAAGAGGCGUCUCCCGGGACCUCCAAGCCCGGGAGCGCCCGGCGGAGCCAGGGAGCAGUGGCCAAGCCUGUGCGGACCCUGACCGCCUCAGAGAACGAGAGCAUGCGCAAGGUCAUGCCCAUCACCAAGUCCAGCAGAGGCGCCGGCUGGAGGCGACCAGAGCUGUCUUCCCGGGGGCCCUCCCAGAAUCCCCCCAGCAGCACAGAUACUGUGUGGUCACGCCAGAACUCCGUGCGGAGGGCCUCGGACACGUCGCCCAGGAGGUCCUCCACAGGCGCCGAGGAGCAGAGGCUGCCGCGGGGGAGCAGCGGCUCCAGCAGCACCCGUCCGGGGAGGGACGUCCCCCUGCAGCCCAGGGGUUCUUUCAAGAAGCCCAGUGCCAAACCACUCAGGAACCUCCCCAGACAGAAGCCUGAGGAAAAUAAGACCUGCCGCGCCCACUCCGAGGGCCCUGAGAGUCCCAAAGAAGAGCCCAAGACCCCACCAGUGCCCAGCGUCCCCCAUGAACUACCGCGUGUCCCGAGCUUUGCCCGGAACACGGUGGCCUCCUCCUCUCGAAGCAUGAGAACAGAUCUUCCUCCCGGGGCCAAAGCCCCCGGCAUCACUCGGACAGUGUCGCAGCGGCAGCUGAGGGUGAAAGGGGACCCCGAGGAUGCCGCUCCCAAGGACAGCAGCACUUUGAGGCGAGCCAGCAGUGCCCGGGCCCCCAAGAAGCGCCCAGAAUCUGCGGAGGGUCCCAGUGCCAACACAGAGGCCCCUCUGAAGGCCAGAGGGGCUGGGGAAAGGGCCUCCCUCCGUCGGAAGGACUCCAGUCGGACCACGCUGGGGAAAAUCCUCAAUCCCUUACGGAAGUGAUGGGUGCCUGUCCUCUCCUGCCUCCUGGGAUUCAGAUGGUGAAGACUGACUUCUGGGACGAGGAUGGGGAAAGAGGCAGCAUGUCUUUGUUACAGAUAAAGCAGCCACUGGUGCCACUGCUAGUGACGCUGUCGGGAUGGCACAGUCCAGGAGGCCUGUGGACUGCAGCCUGCUGUGCUGAGCCCUGCUGCAGUCCAGCGUCCAGAUGGAUGCACGUUCACUACUGUGACGGCCACACCUCCCCCAUGCACCCCACCCUCCCCCAAAGCCCGGAUCCCGAGAAAGACUUAAUAGGAGUGUAAGGUGACAUUCUUAUGAAACAAGUCAAAAAAGUUUUUUUCUGGCCAGUUUUUAUAUAUCAAAGACUUUCUUUUUAAUAUAAAAAUUAGCUAGAUGCAGUGGUUCACGCCCGUAAUCCAGCACUUUGGGAGGCUAAGGUGGGUGGAUUGCUUGAGCCUAGGAGUUCGAGACCAGCCUAGGCAACAUGGAGAAACCCCGUCUCUAUCAGAAAUACAAAGUUUAGCCGAGCGUGGUGGCACAUGCCUGUGGCCCCAGCCACUCUGAACGCUGAGGUGGGAAGAUCACUUGAGCGCAGGACCCCACCACUGCACUCCAGCCUGGAUGACAGAGUGAGACCUUGUCUCAAACAAAACAAAACAAAAAUGAAAUGUUUUAGUUUUGGUUUCUUUUGCAGAGUGAAAUGCCUCCCAGGAAAAAAAUACAUAUAUAUUUUUUUGCGACAGGGUCGCGCUCUGUCUCCCAUACUGGAGUGCAGUGGCACAAUCAUAGCUCACUGCAGCUUUGACCUCCCAGACCCAAGUGAUCCUCCCACCUCAGCCUCCCUAGGAGCUGGGACUACAGGCGUGCACCACCACGCCUGGUUAAUUGUUUUUUUUUAUCUUUUGUAGAGAUGGGAUGUCACUGUGUUGCUCAGGCUGAUCUCGAGCUCCUGGGCUCAAGUGAUCCUCCCACCUCAGCCUCCCAGAGUGCUGGGAUUACAGGUGUGAGCCACCAACACUUGGCCGGUAUAUCCUCAGUAUGAAGAUAUGUUUAUCUUCCUGUGUUCUCUGGCCUCAGAGUUUCACCUGCCCACACGGUCCGUUGCUGGCAACUGGACUCCCCCAUAAGCCUUGGGUAUCCUGUGAUGGGCUGUGUCUCCCUGAAGAUUGUCUGGCUUGCCCACUUCUCCGUGCAUGACUCUGGGUGUGAGUCUGUCUAGGAAUAGGAGGGAAAGUUGGACUCAGACAGAAAUCAGAUGCUUCCAUGUAUUCAGGGCACGCGUUGUGAGCAGUGGAGUAUGAGCCUCGGGGGCCUCAUGGUUGCAGGGCAGGCUUCCCUGCAGAUGGGUGGCAGCCCCUGGUAGAAUGCUGGAUUUCUCUGGAAUCUAGAAGUGCCAUAUUUUAGUGGAAAGGCAUCAGGGCUGUUUGACAGUGUGCAUCUUUCCAAUCCCGUGUUCCUCCAUUCGUGUGUCCAUUAUAAAACUGAGUGAAGGCUGCUAUGACCUGUGUUCACUCUGGUUACAGGGAGGUGCAAACCAUUCUGUCUCCCAGCCUUUCUUCUCUCUCUGUGUGUUCCCAGCACUUCCUUCUUUUCUAACAUGGCCUGGAGAAAGUCUGUCUCUCUCCUUGUCUCUGUCUCUUAAUAAUAGUUUCUAACGUUGACAUCUCUUCCUUGGUACAGUGGUUUUUAAAUCCUGAGAAGAACCAAGUCAGGUUUUUUAAAGCAGAUUAAAAGCAUGAAAUUGCUUUCAGAAGAAUGUAUAUCAUCAGGAAAAGUUUGGGGGCAGAGUGGGGGAAUCAGGCUUUAUUUAAAAAAAAGAGUUGAAAACAUGGACUUUUUCUACCCAAUGCCCGUUUCAUGACUCCUCUGAGACUAAUUGGGAAAUGGGGAAAUUCUUGGAACUUUUUUUUUUAAGAAACUUUUUUGUGUUUUUUUUUUUAUUUUAGGUCACUUAUUAGUGAAACCUCAUUUUAGAUCUGGCAUUGGUAGAUAGAUGGAUUUAGGCAAAUAUGAUGCAUUUGUGGGGAAUCCACGUGGUUGACGUUAGAGCCUCCCUUCUGCAGACUGUUGCCUUUCAUCUAAGUUAAUUGGAAAUGCUGAGCUUCUAUAAGUCAGCUGAGUUUUAAAGGUAAACGUUAUGGCUGAAGUAGUAAAGCACCUGACCACAAAACCUCUUGUAAAAAUGGCCCUGAGUAGGUAUUUCCAGGGCUCCACAAAGAUGCUUAUGGGAAUCCUGAGCUGCUUUUCACCAUCUCAAGAAGCCUAAGAAGGUAUAUAUUUAAUCAGAUAGACAAAACAGUUCAAAGCAUAAAGUCCAUGGUGGUGGAAAAUGGAUGCAAGUGAUUCUAAGUUUGUGGAUUUGUGGAUAGCAGAGGGGUCGGGACCUCUUGGAGGAACCCUGGGUACUGAGCUCCCAGGCCCUUCCUCUAUCAUGGAUGCUGGGUGACUUUGGGAAGUCACCACCUCUUCCCCAGCCUGUUUCCCAUAUCACAGAUGUGGGGCCAUGGCCUCAAUGAUGGUCUCCACGGGUCCUUCCACCUCUAUGAGUCCAAGUCAGGUCAAUCAGCAAGGACCCAUCUCUGCCCUGGAUCAGCUCCUCAGAACCAACCCCCAGCAUCUCUAAAGCAAAAGCCUCACCUCAAGGGCUGCUCAGAAGAAAGUACCUUCAGCAUGAGUUGUUGCUGGAAGAUCUAAUAAGCUGCGUUUCCUGGGAAGUGGUGCUUUACUUAGCCUUGUGGACAACUUCUGUAUGCAUCUGUGUGAGCAGAUGAUCAUUGUAUUACCUUUUAUCGGUAGUAAGCUUGGAAAAAUAAUUUAAGAAUACAAUGGAGUAAUGUAAAUAAGUUUCUAUGUAAAUUUGUUUAAAAUAAACUGAAUGUAUUUAAUGGUCCAUUUAUAUGUUCUUUUAUGUAACACGUAGUUUAAUAAAGUUCCUGUUUUAUGA